AUGGCAUCGUCUCCAGUCGAACGACAGGAGCUGGAUGGAGUCGCACUUCGUGAGCUGGAGAAGCUCGUGGUGGCAUCGGCUCGAGUCGAACGAACGGAGCUGGAAAUGCUCAUGAAGAAGCGAUAUCCCAAGGUGCCGAGGCAGUUGGUGUGCCAGCUGUGCACGAUAUGGUUCGCGGAGUACAACAACAGCUUGAUCAACGAAGUCGCUGACGAGCCGAUCGGGGAGUUCUUGGAGCGCUACUUGUACAGGACUCAAGCCGCCUUGAAAUCAUACCCAGAGCAGUCGCAGGCAUACCGAUCCAAAGACCUGGAGCAGCAGUUCCUGGUCAAGGUUCUCGAGGGGGUCUUCAAGAUUGAGCUCGAGGCGGAUGAGCCCUAG